UAGAUUUUAAUUAAUUGAUUUGGGCUGAUAUAUGCCCAAUUUUGCCGCGACUAGAUGCACGUGUAGUGUAUUUAAUUUAUAUAUAUGAUGUCUUCAAUGUCGCGAUAAAACCUUGACGAUGAUGCACACGAUUCUCCACUAUUCUCUUAUGUUUUUGCUGAUCUUUGAAACACAGGAAUAUGUUCAUACUUGGAAAAUCAAAAUUGUGAAGAACGACACGACUUUAAGCCGGGAACCUUGGAUAGAAAGUUCAACACCCAUUAACAGUAACGAAGUCACGCUAAUUGACACUGCUGCUUUUAAUUCCACAAACAGUAAUACGAUUAAGAAUGCUUCAACAUUUCUCCAAGGGGAAAAAGAGAAAAGCGGUAAAGAAGUCGGUGUUAUUAUUAUUUUUGUAGUUUUCGGUGUAUUAAUUAUAUUUCUAGCUAUUGUGGUAAUCAUCAUAUUAAGAUUAAAGAAGAAAUUGACGGUUUUACCAUCUUUUUCUUCGCUUCGAAAUCUUUGUCGCAAGGAGAGAACUGUUGUAGAAAGGGAACCCGAAAAUAUUCCUAUGAAUACAACUUGUAUCUCUGAUGUUUGAUGUUUCAUAUUUGAACGGCACAGAGUGUGUGAUUGACUAAAAAAUAACUUUAUGUUUGCAUGGAUUUGAUCUGAAUAACAGUAUGCCUGUUUUGUCUUCUGAUAAAAUCGUUGUUUUUCAUUUUUUUUAACCUUGUAAGAAGUAU